AUGGGGCGCUCCCGAGGGCGAUCCGUUUCGAGUGGGUCGUAUAAGGAAAUGAACACCAGUUCGAUCUCGACCAAAAUGAUGUCGCCUGAAGGGAGAAACGGUAGUACCGCCGAAGUAACACGAGAGCGCGUGUCGGUGGUGCGGGAGGUAUUGCAAGCUAUCCUGAUGCACUCAAAUCCUACCUCGGGUCGUUCGUUUCUGCAUGGUGAAGCGCUCUCAAGUGGUGAUUCGCACAUAGUUGCUGCUGAAGUCGAUACUAUUGAGCAGCUUCACAAGAUCCACUCCAGCGAUCACAAGGCGGGGGAAUUUGCUUGCAAUCUGGAGGAACAGAUAUUGACGCUCCCAGACAAAGAGUCCGGGUACACGCCACUUCACUGGGCAAUUCUGCGAGGCGAUCUCGCUAGUAUUCUGUUGCUCGUGCGCCAUUGCCUGACGGCCACGCACGAACACGAUUCCUUGUCUCGUCGUCUAUCGAAACGACCUAUGGACGUACUGCAAGGUUACGGCACGAAUGUUAGUGUCAUGUUAGCAAAGCUUAUUGCGGCACGGGACCAGGAGGGGCUCACUCCGUCCGAUUUACUGGCGAUACAGCAACGCUCCGAGCUUGCAGCUUGUCGACAAGCGCUCCUAUCAAUAUCCAGUCAAAUAAGUUCGGUCUCGACAGGCAGGCAAGAUAACACUUGGCUGAACGCUUCUGGAUUGCAUUUGACUGAUGCGGAUGAAACAGACGAAGCGAGCGACACUCUCCGAGAUACAAUUCAUCUUGAAACAGAAGCCACAGAAAGUUCGUUGUUGGAUUGCAAAAGGAAUCUGUCUGAAUACGGUUGCGAAGUUUUAACGUUUGGAAGUGCACACAUCUGCGCGUCAGGAGUGUCAACUAGUGCAUCAUGUUCCAGUAGCGGUACUACGUUGAACGCAAGGCCUAUUGUUGGAGCGGCCACUUCUCGUCCUCAGCGCGUCCAGGCCUUUGGGCAGGAGCGAGUUGGACGCAUGGGCGGAGCAGUUUCUGUCUCAGCUGCAUCGCACCAUACGCUGGUUCUGACUCGAAAUGGACACGUGUAUGCCUUUGGGCUUGGCAAAGGCGGCCGUUUAGGAACGGGAGACGAGUCGCAUUGCGCUUUACCAACACGAGUUGUAGGCUUAUCUCAUCACAAAGUUGUGGGGAUUUCGGCAGCUGAGUCCCAUUCCCUCUGUGUUACAAAGACUGGGAUCGUCUUUGCUUGGGGAUCGAAUCGCUUCGGACAGCUGGGUUUGACUUUGGAUGACUGUAGCACACGAUCCGUUCCCCGGAGGAUCGAUAAUCUCAAGAAUACGCAAUGUGUCGCAGUUGCUGCCGGUGCCAAGCAUUCCGUUGCGCUUUCCAGAAUAGGGGAAGUUUUCGUAUGGGGUGACAAUACGGCGGGGCAAUUGGGUGUGAGUCGACGUAACGGAACGCACCGUGUACAUCGAGUAGAAGCUUUGUGGGGUACAUCGCCUCCCAAAGUUGCAAUGUCCAUUUGUGCUUCAGAAAAAACGACUCUCGUGCUGACGCUACCAUGGGGCCGCACCGGCGUACCAGUGAACAGCAUCUACACUUGGGGACACGGCAACCAUGUGCCAAGCAAGAUUCAACUGAAUCCGUCGGUCGAAACUCGAAACCGCUUAGUGAAUCCUGUUAGCAUUGCCUGCGCUCGUUUUCACAACGUAGUAGUUUCUUCGGACGGGUUAGUAUACACAUGGGGCUUACACGCGGAGUCCUUGGGAACCCCAGUCUCAGCAAAAAAAGGCACUGCAAUGGCUGUGCCACAAUUGGUACAAGGUAUGCUCCCGCACAAUGGGGGAGGUGUUGCUGUUGGUGUGUCAGCGUCGGAGAAUCACACUGCGGUUAUCACGGAUACGGGUGCCUUGUAUACCUGGGGGGCUGCCUAUGGUAAAGAUGUGCUGGGCCACGAAGGAAUCCGGUGGCAACCGGACCCGAAACGUGUUCCAGGAAUUCAUCGGGCCGUUAGCGUGUCGGCUGCAAAGGAGCAUACGGUUCUUCUUGUCGGUGCUACCUUUUCACGGAGUCCCCAUCGACGGUCGGACUUCGUGCCCUCCCUAGAGAGCCUUGCCGCCGAGAUAGUUGCGCAUCAUGUGGACCUAUUUAAUGUUAUCCCUGUUUUGAUAACCGCUGAACGGAUACAUUCCCCGUUUUUGGUUGAAUACUGCGACAAUUUUAUACGCCGCAAUCUGGAUGCUGUUUUGGACUUUGGGCAGAGAAGUGUUAUGAACGUCUACUUGGAAGAACAAAUUGCAAAGAUGUCUCCUCGGGGCGAAAUGAGCCAGGAUGGACAUAUUCAUCCAUUGUUUUUUGACAUUGCACUGGCAGGCGCAGAGAACAAGAAGAUGCAAUCUUUGGAACGUAGCUCGUCUUGCGGUGUACAUCAGUGGCUGGAAGCCUGUACAGGGCUUCGCGACAAAGCCUCUACGAAAUAUUUUGAGAGGCAUCACAAACUGUCGCGCGCUUUUACAUUGGCGGAUACGAGUUGUUCCAUGAGGCCCCUUUGUCAGCCGCCUCAAAACAGUACAAGAGGGAUCAGCGGGAAUGGAAAAAAUGAUCGUUCUUGCUCGGGCCAGUGCAAACAGGUAACUUCCGAGAUAAACCUUUCCACCAAGUCUUCAACGCUAGCGAAAUUUGACGCGUUGAAUAAGGAGACGCGAGCACUUCGAAAGCGCUUGGGUCAAAUUUCCAUAAUCGAAAAGGCUGCAGCGGGCGUGCAGUCUUUGACUCCAGAGCAGCAAGAGAAGGUUGCUCGUCGAUCUGAGCUGGAGGCAGAUCUGAUUGCUCUCCAACCAGCGCUGAAGCAAAUUGGUAGUCACUUGACCGAAACGAGAAUGGCAGAAAAGAAAGUGCAAUCAGAGAGCCAUAUAGAGCAAGCGGAAGAAGCGAAGAUUCAAAAUGACAACGCAAUUUCCCUAUUUCGAUGUGAAGUCUGUUCCAUCACAUGCCCAGACCUGCAAAAUUUAGAAUUUCACUUGAACGGUCGCAAGCAUCGGAAUAGAGUCGCCCAUUUAGCAUUCAAAGAUGAAGAACAAGCUAGAAAAGCUGUAGUUAAUGAAUGCAGGCGGAGGCAAAUAUUGGGUACGGAAGGAGGUGGCGGAGACAGGGAACAUUUCUCGUCUCGACCAUGGCAGUCACAAAAUGGCAAAGCAAUGACCUCACUACCAAAGUACCAGCUCCCCCCUCCACCUCACCCUUUUUCGGGAUCUGUGCCACCAGUUGGCCGUGGAGAAAAAAAAAGUUUGCAAAACAUAAUGGAGGAGGAAUCUCGCUUGCGGGCGGCAAGCAGCAAGGAGCCCACGAAGAUACCAAAAGUAGGCAUCGCGAGACCAUCCGAAACUUUCAAGACUCUACCACGAUCUGUACCUCCAAUCAUACAGCCGCUUGGAUCACCGUGUUCCAGAAAGUCAGCCCCUCGGGCUUUGCCAACUGCCACAGUCAGAACCGCAAUGCCAGUUUCUAUGCUGCCAUGUUCAGCAACAUCCUAUUCCCCGGCUAAUUCUUCACCCAAAGCAUUGUAUUCACUGGGAGACUUUUGGUCACCAAAAAAAGCAGCACCGCGGCCUGUAAUUCCCGCGGUGGCUUCUUGGGCGUCCCCCAGAAGCAGCCCUUCAAAUUCCGCAGUCACUACCCCGCCGAGCCAAAGUCUUAAAGAUAUACAGCAACAGGAAGAAGACUUGAAAACCAAGCAGGUUCCAAGCUGUGGGGAAAAUGGAAGGUGGUACAUUGAGCGGCGGGAACGUGCGGACUCGUUGACCGAGAUUCAAGCAAAGGAGGCCAGGGAAAAGGAGUUCCGUCGCUUCGUGGAAGAGCAACGCGAGAUAGAAAAAUCAAUGAUGCACGAGCUGGUGACCAGUAAAGAAGCGGACAACAAAAACCCGGCACGUAAACGAAUCCACUCAAAAGGCAAAAGGAGGUAACUUGAGUCUGCACCGAAACAUGAUUUGUGAAUACGAAGACCCGAACAGGGGAUAAGGUAGACAGGAUUAAAAAGGUAAAAGGCAGCAAAGUUUUGCAGCAAGAAAUGAGCUAUACCAGACGGACGAGUUACCAUGAAAACCCUCUGAACCUUUGCACACAUGCUUGUUGGCAGUAUCAAUCAGGAGAAUCCAAGGUGUGGGCAUUCUAGCCUAUACUGAAAACAAAAGAAUAUGGAUCCACUUUGUGGGAACCAUAAAUUAGGCCAAGAAGGCCAGAAUUCUCUGUUUUGUGUUCCAGAAUUAGAGGUCCGGACCGUCUAUCUACUGUACUGGUAAUCAAAAUGUCUGUCUUAGAGUCUCCGGGUGCUCUCUGGAUACCGCGCAAUGGUAUCAACAGUCACUCAAACUCCAGAGCUAGUACCAUAGCGCUAUUGGUAGGGAAAGUAGGUAGUUCUGUACACUUGUUCUCC